ACGUUUCAGUAUGUCAACCGAGAAAAAGAUAUCAGAUGUUACAAAGAAAAUAUCCGAAAUGGACACGGAGGAGACGGGGAAGAAACUGACACAUAAAGAAAAGAAAAAAUUGAAAAAACAACAAGAAUAUGAGAAAACUAUGGAAAUGUUAACGAAGACCGGUGGCCAGGGUCAUAGUGAACUCGAAAGCAAUUUCACGUUGUCUCAAACUCAGACUCAACAACGUACCAAUCAACAGUUAGAAAAUGCAGUUGAUAUAAAAGUAGAAAAUUUUAGCAUAGCUGCUAAAGGAAAAGAACUUUUUACAAAUGCUAGCUUGUUAAUAGCACAAGGCAGACGUUAUGGUUUAGUAGGACCAAAUGGCCAUGGUAAAACUACUUUAUUACGUCACAUUGCAAAUAGAGCAUUUGCUAUUCCACCUAAUAUCGAUGUUUUGUAUUGUGAACAAGAAGUUAUUGCUGAUGAUACACCAGCUGUAGAAGUAGUGCUUAAUGCAGACAUAAAGUGUAAAGAAUUACAGGCAGAGUGCAAAAAACUAGAAGAAUUGGUAGAACAAGGAGAUACCUCUGUUCAAAGUAGAUUACAAGAGGUUUAUGAGGAAUUAAAAAUUAUUGGAGCGGAUUCUGCAGAACCACGUGCCAGGAGAAUUCUUGCUGGUUUAGGUUUUAGUAGAGCCAUGCAAGAUCGUGCAACAAAAAAUUUUUCUGGUGGUUGGCGUAUGCGUGUUUCUCUUGCUAGAGCUUUGUUUUUAGAACCUACAUUGUUAUUACUUGAUGAACCAACGAAUCACCUUGAUUUAAAUGCUGUUAUUUGGUUGGAUAAUUACCUUCAGGGUUGGAAGAAAACUUUACUGAUUGUUUCUCAUGACCAAAGUUUUUUGGAUAACGUGUGUACAGAUAUAAUUCACUUAGAUCAGCAAAAAUUAUUUUACUAUAAAGGAAAUUAUAGUAUGUUUAAGAAGAUGUAUGUACAAAAGAGAAAGGAAAUGAUUAAAGCAUAUGAGAAGCAAGAAAAACGACUUAAGGAUCUUAAAGCUUCUGGUCAAAGCAAAAAACAAGCUGAAAAGAAACAGAAAGAAGCUUUAACUAGAAAACAAGAAAAGAAUCGAACAAAAAUGCAAAAACAAGAAGAUGAUACAGCACCUAUCGAAUUAUUGCAGAAACCUAGAGAUUAUAUAGUGAAAUUUAGUUUUCCUGACCCACCUCCUUUACAACCACCAAUCCUUGGUCUUCACAAUGUGACUUUUGCAUACGAAGGACAAAAACCUUUAUUUAUUGAAGUUGAUUUUGGAAUGGACUUAAAUUCUAGGAUAGCCAUAGUAGGACCUAACGGUGUUGGUAAAUCCACGUUUCUAAAAUUAUUAACAGGUGACUUACAACCAAACAGAGGAGAAGUAUCAAAGAAUCAUCGAUUGAGGAUAGGUAAAUUCGACCAGCACUCUGGUGAACAUCUAACCGCCGAAGAAACACCUUCAGAAUAUUUAAUGCGAUUAUUCAAUCUUCCGUAUGAAAAAGCUAGGAAACAAUUAGGAACAUUUGGACUUAGUUCUCACGCACACACGAUUAAGAUGAAAGAUUUGUCUGGUGGUCAAAAAGCGCGAGUUGCUUUGGCAGAAUUGUGUUUAAAUGCACCUGAUGUUGUAAUUUUAGAUGAACCGACAAACAAUUUAGAUAUAGAAUCUAUCGACGCUCUAGCUGACGCGAUCAAUGAUUACAAAGGAGGAGUAAUUAUUGUUUCUCACGAUGAGCGUUUAAUCAGAGAAACAGAAUGUUGUUUGUACGUAAUUGAAAAUCAACAAAUUAACGAGAUCGAUGGAGAUUUCGAUGACUAUAGAAAAGAAUUGUUGGAAAGUUUGGGAGAAGUUAUUAAUAAUCCAAGUAUAGCUGCAAAUGCUGCAGUGUUACAAUAAUCGCAUUGGUUCUAUAGGACGAAAAUUUUCUUAGUGGCCUGCAAACAUCUUUUCAGACACAAAAACUCAAUCAGUGCAUUCGAUUUUAUGGACUCUUUUCUUUUUUUCUAUUAAGAUUUUAUAAACCUCGCAUAGAGAUUACAGAUUGGUGUUUUAAAUGCAAACUAUUAUUAUGCUUUAAAAUAGUUGAAUUUUAAACAAAAUUUGCCUGAUAGGGAUAAAAUGCGUCAAUCUUUAUGAAUAUUCGAUAUAUCCACGAAAAAAAUUGAAUUAUUUUAAUUGUAUAUGCUGAUCACUGUAAUUCUGUACAAUAAGUAAAAUAAUUAAUCGAGCCUUUGAAGAAAUAUUUAUAUACAUCUGUAAUCUUUAAGUUCUACAAAGAACUGUAUUUUGUCUUAUAAAUAUUUACUUCAUGUUAAAACACAAAAAA